GUGGGUUGUUUUGGCCGAAACCGACUGUAGCCUAUAAGAAGCGUGAAACAAAAUAAUUUGUGACGCAACUACUGGAAAGGAUUUGAGCUUUACCGUGACUGGGUGGUGCUUUUGAACUGCGAGGCUGUCUCCAACAGUGUUCGCUCUGGCCCAGUUCGCAUAAGGUGAAUGUGCGACCCUAACUGAACCUGCCGGAAGAAUAAAACACAGAGCCUGGCGAUGCGAUAGAGCCCACGACUAGCAGAAACCAGUACGGUCGCACUGAGAGAGCAGCAGACAACGGUCGUCUACAGAUCGUGGACUUUUAGGUUAGCUUUUUAAUACGUAUUUUUUUCUUGAUGCGCAACAGUUUAAAACUAAUACAACGUGAUGUUGUAAAUAAUAUAACACCAUAAAGGCAACGGAUCUCUAAAGGUGGAGCUAUUGUCAAAAAGAAGGCGCAUCAGCAGUAAACAGAGGUUGCAGUAUCCAUGAAUAUGACAUUGACCGGACCACCGGUGAUGGGAGAGCAGGGUGGUGUGCUCCAAGAGCUUAGAGGGAACUGCUCCUCUCCUUUGAGUAGAGGCAUGCUGGAAUCAGCUGGGGAAGUGGAGGGAGCUUUGUCUUUUACAGAGGAGGCCGUGUCCAUCCUCACGUCCAGCAGCAUGCUGGUCCGUUCCUUACUGGGCCGCUCGUCCGGGCUGAAGCGCAAAGACAGUCCAAGCCCCAACAGCCUGCGGCGCAAGCGCGAGUUCAUCCCGGACGAUAGUAAAGACGACAGCUACUGGGACAAGCGCAAGAAGAACAACGAGGCGGCCAAGCGCUCGCGCGAGAAGCGCCGCGUCAGCGACAUGGUGCUGGAGAACCGGGUCAUUGCGCUGCUGGAGGAGAAUGCGCGUCUGCGGGCCGAGCUCCUCGCACUCAAGUACCGCUUCGGACUGGUCAAGGACCACAGCGACGGGCCCGUCAUGCCUCUCACAGCCACCCCCUGUGCCCAAGUUCCCACGACGCCCGCCACCACCCAACGUUACUACCAUCACUAUCCAACACAGCAGCACCACCACCACCAGGCCCUGGCCCCUCAGCACAUGGGUGCCUGCAGCACGCGAGGGGCCCGCGACAGCAUCAGUGCGGCCGAGGACUCGGGCUUCUCCACGCCCGGCAGCUCCAGCGUCGGCAGCCCCGUGUUCUUCGACCACGGCUCCGGCGACACGAGCAAGGCGUCGCCGCGCGCGGCCGGGGAGGAGCGGAGCUACGAGCCGCCGCCGCCGCCCUGCCCCCCGGCGGUGCCCGACGGAGACGUGCUGGCGGGGGGCCACUGCCUCGGCGAGCCGGGCCGGCGGGGCGACUGCGGAGCGGAGUACAUGAAGAGCCUCCCGCACAAGCUGCGCUUCAAGAUGCCCGGCGCCAGCGAGGGCCCGGAGACGGCGCAGGGAGACGCCUGGACCGGCCCCGCGCCGACCACACACAGGGACUCCGUCGGUGAGCAGCCAAAGGGUCAGUACGGCUACGGGGCAUCCGAGGGGCACGCAGUCUGGCAGCAACAUCCGCAGCAGCAGCAGCAGCAUUACCCCUGUGAGCAGCCUCAGCCAGGUCUCUUCCCCAGCGGGUACCACCCCACAGCCCCACAGCCACAGACAGACUCCCAGCAGCAGCAGCAGCAGGAUAACAGCGGCCUGCGCGCGCAGCUCAGCUCCCUGAGUAUGGAGGUGGCCCAGCUGAAGAAGCUCCUCUCCCACCAGCUGCUCACCAAGCUGAGCUGAAGCAUUAUGGGUGUAGGGCGCUGUGGCCACAAAGAGCACCUCAGGACAGUAAUCAGGAACAGACAGGAAAGCUGAGCACUUCUUCGACACCACAACACCCCAUCUGUCCUCAGACAUGCUUAUUUCCACUCUGAACUCUCGCACUGUGUUUCAAUUCACCCUGGACCCUCUGCCCACAAGUAUCUAUAACUGUGAUCAGUUUUUAAAUCAGCUGUAAAUCACGUUCACGUUGUAAACAGAUGUACUGAGCACUGUAACUGUUCCCCUGGGUAGGGUCUCAGUAUUGGUUUCCAUCACUGUGAUUUCACUGACCACGAUAACUGUGCAUUCCAUGAAACUCUGUGUUGCCAUCAACAUUAAACUGAAGCCUUACUGAAUCUGUACAUGGUCACAUGAGUAUAUUACUGAAGUAUUUUCUUUUUCAGUAUCUUCGAUACAUAUUUGGUUCAUUGCCAGCAAGCCCAUAGAAGAAAAUAUUACUUUAAAUUGCUUUAAAAUUCAUAUCAGUUUACUUUUUGUGCAAUGUGCAUGAACCUCAUCAAUAUGUAAAAAAGCUUGAGAUGUAAUAUUUGGGCAAAUCUCAGCCUGAACAGGUUAAUUUGAAACACUGAACCCUAUUCUCAUGCAUAGUGGUGAAUCCAUAGCAACAUCAUCUUCUUUAUCAGCUUUUUGUGAGACAUAGCUUGGAUACAAGCCCAUUCACACUGCUAAACAAGUAAUUUGUCUGCACUGUUUUUCUAUAUAUUUAACACAUUCUGUAAAUUGUGAUACUGUUUCAUGUGACAUUUUGUUUUAAAUAAAUGUUAAAUAUGAAA